CACUCUCUCUUCACUUUCUGAGCAAGAGACUGGACAGCUGUUUAGGGGACAUAAGUGAGUUUUAUAUAAUUUUUUAACCAGGAUGUCUGAGAGUAUUGUAAGGAAGGUGCAGCCCUUCACCAUUGGAACCAGGCUCUCUGUUCCUUCGGUAACUAAAUGCCAGGAGUUUCCACAGAGUUAUCUGCCCAGUGAGGCUCUGGAUAAUUGCGUUUUACAGCGCAACCUGAACUCGCUCUACCUCAGUAGAUCCCAGGUCUGUGCACAUGGCUCCCGUCUUGUUUUACCGACCGUCGACCAGGCAGCUCCCGUCAAAAUCCAGCCGGAGCACAUGGCGGCGGAGGACCACCUCAACCAGAACAUCGCCUCUCCCUCUGCCGUCUCCAGAUCCAUCAAGAAGAUCACCAUCUCUGGUAGCAAAGAUGAAUCAGACUCCAAGACAGCGCUGGGACAAGUCACAUGCUCCACGUCUGGAAACAACAACAACAAUAACAACAUCAGCAGCAGCAGCAGCAGCAGCAGCAGCAGCAGCAGCAGCAGCACUCCAGAUCAACAUCUGCCAAGAAUUGUGGAAGUUAGCUGCGAAAAUAAACCCAACUCUCAAUUUAAGGUUUUACUCAGCAAAGAGGGAAGUGAUGAAUUUCUGCCUGCGCAGGAACAAACUUGGGAAAAACUAAAUGGAGAGAAAUCAGUCAAGAUUUCAGCACCUGAGCAGCAGAAAAUAGAGCCUCAGAGGAGAGAAAGUCAGGAUGACUUAGCAGCUGCUAAAUCCCACAGUGACUGCUUCACUCAGCGAAACUCUCUCUUCAACAAAGAAGCACUGCAGGCAGAAGCAUGGAUGAAAAGCAAACUCCAAGACCUGAAAGACGGAUGUAAUGUUCAUUAUCGCCCCCUACAUGACUGGGAGGAAGCCUCACAGACGCUUCACAGAGACCUGAAAGACUUUGAGAACACCCUGAUUCAGCUCAACCAGCUGGGUGAACAGCUGAUCUGCAAGCUGAACCCAACGUCCGACCUGGUGAAGAAGCAGCUCAGUCAGCUCAGGGAACAGUGGCAAACCCUGAAGCAGAUGGCCGCAAAUCAGACGCACGCUCUAGGUGGAGCCAGGAGUCUGCAGGACUUCAACAGGAAGGUGGACAAACUGGAAGCUUGGAUUAAAGAGAAGAAGGAAGAGGAACAGUCUCUGGUGAGUGUCCUGGGAGAAAAUGUUGACAAAAUGCAGCUCACCAGGAGAAUUCUUGAUCUCAAACAGGAUGAGCAGCUCCACAGAAACCUGCAUGAAGAGAUCAACAACUUGGCCCUGAAGCUGGAGAAACUGGGGAAGGCAGAUGGCAAAAACAUCACCAUCAGGAAGAAACACAUCAAUAAAAUGUGGCUGAAGGUCCAGUCCUACCUGAAAAACUACCACGAGAACCUUCAGGUUGCGCUGGAGAUGUCGUCUUUUUACCAGCAGGCUGAUAAUACUCUGGAUGCUAUAAAUAAUAUGCGGAGAAGCAUGCCUGCAUCCAAAGACCUGGACUCCUUUGGCGACAGAGAAAUCCGCGACAUUGCCGGUCAAAUCAUGAUGCUGGAUGUGAGCAUGUCUCAGCUGCCCAAAUUGCACCCUGGACUGGCUGCCGGGAUCACAAAGAAGCAGGCCGAGGUGAAAGACUGCUGGGCGCUCCUCCAGAGGGAUCUAAGGAGCGACAGGACGACAAACUCCCUCUCCGGAUCCACUUUCACCAGGGAAGAUGCUGACCUUCUGACUCCAGGGCGAGAAGCCCAAUGCAUCAUGGGAUCUGAGACACAUGGGAUCAUGGGAAAAGAGGUGAAGGAGGAGCAGAACCGUCUGAAAGGCAGCAGAAGUAUUGCUGACGGCCACAUCCAAACUCCAAGCAGCCAACAAGACGACCAACAAUCAGUGAACCACAGCUCUUCACCAGAGGGAAAUGACUCACUCAGUGUAAACGAAACCAUCAGCAGUCAUGAACUAAGCAGAAAGCCGAGAGAGGAGCCCUGGCUUCCUGCCGGCCAUCGAGGCCACCCACAGCUUCACCUGCAGCUCCAGAAGUUCACUCUGUCUGCUGACAAGACCUUGUCCUGGCUGAAAGACAACGUUUCCGUGGCAACACAGGUGUGUUCGAUAGCAAGCUCCGAGGGACUGGAGGCCGCCAGAAGGUGUCAACAGGCCCUCGAACAAGAAAUCCUUAAUAACAGAGCCAGGAUAGAGGUGGUCAAAAGGGAGGGUCACGGGCUGGUCCGUGCACAGCACCCAGGCAGCGCGAGGAUUGAGGAGUUCCUCAGCCAGCUGGAAGUCCUGUGGGAAGAACUGAGGAGGAGGCACCAGAGGAAUGCUGUGUUUCUGCAGGCCUCCGAGAAGCUGGGCUUCAGAGUUGUGAAAGUGCUCCAAGCCCUCGGCAGCCUGGAGGCCUGGCUGGAGUCUGUGGAGCUUUCCAUGAAGACGUCCGCCAUCACCGGCGACCCUGAAACCAUGAGCCGGGCCGAGAGGGAGAGCUGCCUGCUGGAGAAAGAGGUGGCAGCUCGCAGCGUGGAGCUCAGCGCUCUGAGGCAGGAGGUGGACCGUCUUCACGGCCACAGUCACCCCCACACACGGGGAUUGGCAGCGCGCAUGGAGGAGUUGGAAAGAAAGUAUCAGUGUGUGCUCAGUGCUCUGAUCCUACAAAGCUCAAAGCUGCAGGACACACGCAUGCUGACUGAGUUUCUGGAGCAUUUGGAGCUGGACGAAAGCCAAGAGCUCAUCGAAGGACAAUAUAAUAUCAAUCAGCCUCUACAUAGUGACAUUUCCUCAGUCCCGACAUUAUUUGGACUCCAAAGCAGCGGUGUUGGAGACAAUCAGAUAGAAACUAUGGGCGACCCUGUGGAAGAACUGCGGGAGGCCGUUGAGAUGCUGAACGACACUGUGAGGGAAAGAGGUCGAUCACAAAGCCACGAUCACACCAUCCAGGAACUGCUCAGCAAGCAUGCCAGCCUGGCGGUGCGCGUGGAGGAGCGUUUGUGCAGCAGCAAGGAGCUGAGCCUGGAGAUCCUGGAGAAGGAGACGGACAUGGCCGUGCAGUGCGAGCCAGACCGCUGUGGCUUUGGGUCGCUCAGGGACAGACUUGGCCACCUGGAGACUGUCUAUGAAGUCAUGAAGGAGGAUGUAAAGAAGAUGGAGGACCAUGCUUUGCGUCUGAAGGAGCUGUGUCCGGAGAAAGCGUACACAUUCGAGGUGAAGACCCAGUCUACGCUGCAGGCCUGGAGCGAACUGGGGAAGAGCAUGAAGGACAACAGAUCACGUCUGCAGGAGUUUGUGGAGCUCCAGAGCUUCUUCAGGAGCUACCUCGCCAUGAUCUCAUGGACAGAAGACACUAGGUCAUGCAUUUUCUCAGACACUGCACUGCACCUCAGCAGAGAAGGACAGCGGCCACUGGCGGCAGAGCUGGACAUCCAAAUCGAGCAAAAGUUUAAUGAGUUUGACGAGCUGGCAGCCAAAGCAAAGACUCUUUUAAACAAAGAACACCACCUCACACAGAUGGUGAAGGAACGCAUGGAGGAACUGAGGAGCAUGCUUGGGUGGAUCUCAGUGCACUGGAGAGUUCAGAAACAACAGUGGCUUCACAAACAGAACAGAGAGGAACUCUCACAUGAUAACAUUUACUCUGAGGCAACAAUGUGGAACUCAUUUAAAGAGAGUUCGGUUGCUGACCCUGAAGUCUUCCAACAAUCAUAUGCCAUCAGAACCUCUGAGGACACAACAAAUGCAGCUGAAUGCAAUGACAAGAGCAAAGGGAAAAUGUCAGAAGAUGGGUAUGAAAUCAUGAACAGGAUCGGCCCACGAGGCGAUUCUCCCAAAGCAAACAUUAUGUUGGUGAAGGAGAGCAGCAGCCCACCUGUUGGGGGUGCUGUAAACCUCAUCCUUAGCUUUGGGAGCACUGAGGACAGCCAAGUGCAGGUGCUCGACCUACCUGCUGGGACGGAUGAGGUGUUGAAGGAGACAUCUGAGCCUGUUCACAGGCCCGCUGUGCCUCAGUCUUCUGCCUGUAAAAAGUUUUGGAGGCGUUGCCAGGGGAUUUUGGAAAAUACUUUCGGUAGUUUAAAGCGAAAGAAAAAGAUUUAUCGGCAGAGCGCAGAUGAGGUAAGUACUUAUCUGCAUGUUAAGGACAGCACCCUGGCUGUGGCCCCGGUGUACGAGAGUAUCACCCUUCCCCGCCGAAAGAGCCGUUCUGCAGCCUCAGACUCCCCUACUUUAUGGCCGUCCGCCUCCUCCUCCUGCUCCUCACAAUCUUCCCCAGUGACUGACCCACAAUCAACCAACACCGGCUUCCGCCCCACGACGGGAAGCAGCGGCAACUCCAUCUUCUGCAGCCUCAAACGGAUGAGCAAGAAGAGGAAAAGGAAGCGAGACGAACGCAGACACACGAUACAGAGAAUCAUGGACGUGGAUGAGCAGACCAGUGCGAUACAGCGGUAUGACUAUGAGACCGUCACAUAUAACACUCAAACAUGGCCGCUGAAGGAAGGUCAGAGGAAGAAGAGCUUACAGAAGAACAGAAAUGUUGCAGGCUCUGGGGCUUACAUGAAAAACCCUCUUCUGAAAGACAUCGAUUCAGAGUGUUCAGGAGAAAACAGCAUCACUCCGUACGCCGUAUCAUCCGGACCAACGACUUCUCCAUCAAAGGCUCCUGGGAGAAGCCACUGCAGAGUCCUCUCUUUGGGCUCGGUGUUGAGCUUCGAUCUGCCAAAAGACAUGACCCUCAUUCCCAGCAUUCAAGAAAUCAUCACUAUUGCCCCUCCAGAGUCUAAAAAAGCAGAUGCAACAGAUUCUGACCCUCUUUCUCAAAGAAAAACAGUUCUGAGCUCUUUCCGACAAACCCACGUCCUGGCGGCCAUUGCAGGAAGUGAAAUUAGCUCUCCUGAAACGCAGGAGUCAAUAGCUGCAGCAAAAGAUCUACCUGAUGAGGAAGCGAGUUUACAACCAUCUUUCCUGGAAGAACCUUGUGCCGGAUCAGAAGAGAAGGACGAAAUCUUGUCAGAUACUAAAUCUACAACAAAUGAAAUCAGUCCGCCUUCAAAGCCGCCUAUUUAUAUGAACCAAGCCCAUAACUGCUGCUCAGUCCCUCAUAAACACGAGUGUCUCAGUGUCCAUACACUCAUCCGGGACCUGAAUGGACACCAGUACCAUAAAUGCACAAAAUCCCAGUGUGAGCAUGACAACAGUCCUCAGCUGAAAUCAAACCAAGCUUCUCAUGUGAGAGUGAAUCUGAAGUCAACGAUGAGUGUCAGUGUUCGACAGGACUCUGUAGAUUCUGGCAUCUCCACCUCCAGCAGUUUCAAGCUUUGCACCGACGCUCCCUGUCCGGAUCAGCCCCAGCCUAAAGGAGUGGUGGGGAAACUUAUUUCCCUUGAGGUGGGAGGCAUUGAACCGACUACAACAACAGAAAACUAUGCCACGUUCUCAAGUUCAUCCCCAGAAUCUGUGAAUUUCAACACAGAGCCGGUCCAUGUCGACCACCAGCAGUUUGAGGAGGAAGAAGAAGAACUGGAGGACAUCUGGAAACAGAAUACCAACUACAGGCAGAGCAUCUGCUCAGACAUCAUGUACCAGCCCAACCAAACCAGAGAGCCAGACACACUUUUCAACUCCCCUUCUGUCACAGAGCCACCUGUUCUCUACAGAAACCUGGUCACCGUCUCAGAACCGAACCUCCUCGUAGCCGAGUUCAAACUCCCCUCCCACAUCCAGAGCUGUCUGGGUUAUGAGAAGUGGGAGAGCUCCAAAGAUCACCUCCCUCCUCUGGUCACAGCGGACCGGAGGUCCUGGGCGGCAUUUCCCAACAGGGAACCAGUUAGCAACACUGUAAUGAUGCUGAACGAGACGGCAUCUGAUCCGGUGAAGCUUCCAGAUGUCGGCGACAAUCCAAGAUACGUUUACCAAUACAGAGAGGAGGAAGAGGGGGAACAGAGGAAGAUGAAAGAAGGAGAGGAGCUAAGCAGGUACUCACAGAACCAGUCUAUGAGUCUCCUUUCAGUCAAUAUGGGUUUGAAUGAAGCCUGCCAGAAAAAUCUUAAACGCAUAGCAAAGCCUCAAGGACGAGUAGCCACAGGAGGGCGCUGUUUCAUCCUAAGUGGAAAACCGGAGCAUCAGUCGAUGGAGGGAACUCUGGAGAGGAAGCACAAGCUGCAGCUGGGAGGAAAGAAAGCUGCCUCCAGAGGCUGGAACUCCUACCACACUGUCCUAUAUAGACACACCUUGUGCUUCUUCCAGGACAGAAAGGAUACACUGCGCAGCUCUGCAUGCGGUCUACCGCUGAACCUCAUGGGAGCUGAGUGCUCGGCUGCCCUAGACUAUACCAAAAAACCCAACUGCUUCAGUCUACGUCUCCGUGACGGGUCUGAAUACUUGUUUAAUGCCACCUCCCGCUUCUUGAUGAAGAAGUGGAUCAUGAAAAUACAAGCAAGCACAGGUCAAAGUGAGCUCAAGUCUUCACCAACAAAUGUUCCUGGUGAUCAAGCCUUUCCCAUCUCUUUAUGCCAGGAUCAAACCAGCACUCUCUGCCAUUCCCAGCACAAAGUCAUCCAUGCAUUCCCAAGGUUGAAGCAACAGAGCAGCGAUCAAACCAAAGAAAUUGUUGUUCUCACCAGAGAGCAGAGUCACAUGCUCCAGAGCCAAAGAGCAGACGAGAAGUCCAAGACCUUGUCAUUGGAUCCAGGCUGCUGUGAUGAUGAUGAUGAUGAUUAUGAUGGGGAUGAAUCCAGCUUAACGCAUACGGUGACUCACAGACUUUCUGUAGACAACACUUCCCCUGCAAACAGCAGCCAGAACUGGCUCAGCAGCAAGCACCGCUCCCACUCUUUUACGUCAGCAACCUACCAGAAGAUUAAACCAAUGCAACCCUCUCCUGGAGGAGAAGGGGUGGAAAAAGGAUCCAACUACUGUGUGACUCUGGUGGUGGGGGGCAGUUCGGCAGACAGCUCGUCGAUAAGCAGAGGUCUGGAGCCACCGGUGCUGCCCUCACCUUCGUGGCAGCCAGACGUGUUUAAGGACUCUGCUCUGAAAAGCUACUCGAGCCUCCCGCGACCUCGCAACAAAUCUGUCUUUAAAAAGUUCUUUGGGAAAAAGGAGCCCUGAGCGUAAACUUGCUGGUUUUUACAGAUAGUUUCUAACGUGCAGUGCACAUUUAAAUAAAAACACACUACUACUGACCAUAUUUAUGAGCAAAACACUUAUCCUAGUUAUAUUUUUGAUGUGUUUGAUAAAUCACUACAGAGCCGUAAAAGUCAUUUUAAUAACCUGUUUUAUGAGUGUCUCUUUUUUGGUCUUUCAUUAAGUCAGAUAAAAACCAACACAACUGCUACCACACUGCAUACUUACAGUUCAACUCAGAAGUGUACAUACAGUCAUCACUGGCGUGAAUGUCAUUAAUUCUGGACAAUAAAGGAUUUCUUUCAAUGAUUUAUAUCAAGAUGGAAGGAUAAUGCGGCUUUCGACUUCAGUAAUUUCAGAAAACUAGAGUUGGAUCAACAAGCUUAAACAUUUUCCGUAUUUUUUGUGUAAUCAACAAAAAGUACUUUUUUUAUCAGAGAUUGACAGUUUGGGACACAUGAUGAAGACUUGGACAGAGUCUUCAUCAUGACCCAACGGUUUUAAGAGUUGGGUCUUAAAACCGGACAAAUAUCCAAAACCUCUUUAUAUGUUCAAAAAAAAGCUUUGAAUUGAACCAGAUGUAUAGUUUUAAUGCUGUGUGGAUCAGAGAAAAUCCUCAAUAAAUGUAAUUUCUUUAACAUAUGAACAACUUGUAUAUUUUUCACACAAAUAAAGGAUAAAGUUAAUAUGACAUUUAUGAUGGUUGUAUGUAAACUUCUGGAACUGUAGUUGUUUUGAUUGUUUUUGAACACUCUUGUAUAUUUCUUUUCAUUUUUUUCCCUGUUGUGCUUUGUUCCCCCUUUAUGUUAAACUAAAUAUCAAUACAUUAAUCUUUCUGUGUGUUCAGUUACAUUGCAUUUUAGCUGCUCAACUAUGAAUUCACAGUUUGAUACUGUUUAAUCUACUUUUUUUCCACCUUCUGAGGCGAAGACUAAAUACUUAAUAAAACUCAAAACAAGGUUUUGCUUUUGCUGUGAUUAAAGAUUAAUUUUUGACACA